AUGUCAUAGACCUGUUCAGGUGUUGGUGUGAGGAUGGACCUUCUUCCAGCACACCUGAGUUAAAGUGUUGAUGUUUACCUGUGGACCAUUGUGUAUCCUGGGCCAGAGAGGAAGUCCAGCCAUCAGCAGGCAGCAUGGCAGACCACAUACCUGGAGGAAUAGUAGCAGCUGCAAAGAAGCGUGUCCAGGUGGUGAAAGGCCUGGAGGAUGUGGAAGUGAGCGAGUGCGAGAGCUGCUCCUUGGAGGUGACCCUCAACUUGGCCUACAUGGAGGGAGUGUGGACCAGGGAUGGGCUGCAGCUCAAGUCCAAGCCCAACUGUCGCAUGAGCGCACACGGGAAGACGCACGCCCUCGUACUGAGCCGCGUGGCUCUGGCGGACGCCGGCCUGAUCUCCUUUCACACCAACGGCAUCGAGACGUCUGCUCGACUCUCUGUCACAGCUCGGGACAUCCAGAUGGUAAAGGAGCUGGAGGAUGUGGACACCAUGGAGCGCCAGUCCGUCAGCUUCCUGUGUGAAGUCAACCAGGAGGAUGUGGAGGGCCGCUGGUACAGGGAUGACUGCAGGAUCCGACACGGGGACAACAUAAAGAUCAGACAUCAGGGUAAAAUCCACACCUUGUCUUUUAAGUCUGUCAGACCGGAGCACGCUGGCCAGAUCCGAUUCUCUGCCCAGCGAGUCUGGUCUUGUGCCACUCUUACAGUCAAAGAGCUCCCGGUCCAAAUAGUGCGCCCCCUGAGGGUCAAGAUCGCCAUGUACCACCACCGGGGUCUGCUGGAGUGCCAGGUUUCCCGGGCCAACGCUCAAGUCCGAUGGUACAAGAACAGGAGGGAGCUCCAGUCCGGCAAAAAGUACCAACUGAUCUGCCAAGACGUCUUCAGGCAGCUCACCAUCGACGACGUAUGCUCCUCGGAUGAAGACACCUACAUCUGCGACGCGGGAGAUGACAAAACAUCUUGCCAGCUUCUGGUGGAGGAGCAGGCUAUCAGCAUCAUUCGGGGGAUGAGCUCCGUGGGACUGAUGGAACCAGAGCCUGCGCUCUUCCAAGUGGAGACCAGCCUGAAGUCCGGGAGACCGCCCAGGUGGACCCUGAAUGGCAAAGUGCUGGAGCCCAGCGAAGAGGUGGAUAUCUACAGGGAGGGAACCCUGCACAGCCUGUGCCUCGUUUCCACAGAGACCUCCAUGUCGGGGCCGGUGGUUUUCGUUGCUGGCAAGAGUCGUUCUUCUGCUCAGCUUACAGUGAAAGAGAGACCCCUCCAAGUUGUGCGCAGUUUGGAGGACGUGGAAGCCAAAGAGAAGAGCUCUGUGACGCUGCGCUGUGAGUUUGCGCCCUCCCCCAGGGCGGUGCGCUGGUUUAAAGGUCGCACGGCUCUGAAGACCUCAAACAAAUACUGCAUGAGGAGAGAGGGCAAGCGUGCGGAGUUGACCAUCCAUGGGCUGGUUGGAAUGGAUGCAGGCCAGUAUCGCUGCACGGCGGGGGGCUCACAGAGCACGGCGCAUCUCAAAGUUGAAGUGCGGAAGCUGAAGUUAGUGAGACACCUUGAACCUGCGGAAAUCGAAGAGGACGGCGUCGCCACUUUUGCAUGCGAGCUCAACUACGUGGUGGCCCACGUGGAGUGGCUCCUCAACAAUGUCCGCCUCUACUCCAACGCCGUCAACAGGAUCCAGCACAUGGGCACCAUGCACAGCCUGACCAUGAAGAAGCCCAGGCCCCAGCACAGCAGGAUUACCUUUAAAACCGGCCCCCUUUCUCAGACAACCACUCUGAACGUCAAAGAGCGACCUGCAGUCUUCCUAAAACCUCUGGAGGAUGCAGUUGGAGAAGAGCAAGGGGAGGUCAGCCUCCAGUGUGAAGUUUCCAAAGAGUCUGUGAUCCCAGUCUGGCGCAAGGAUGGCAUUGUCCUGAGAACUGAUGAGAAACAUGAGCUGUGCCAGUAUGGGAAGUCCGUGGCGCUGAUUAUUCAUUGCUUGAGCAAAGAUGACGCUGGACAUUACACCUGUGAUCUGGGUACCAGCCAGACCAAAGCUAAAGUUUCUGUGCACGACUUGCAUAUCACUCUUGUACAGCGCUUGAAGACAACGUCCGUGUUAGAAGGUGAAAACUGUUAUUUUGAGUGUCACCUUUCCCACAAUCUCAGUGAUGAGCCCUCCUGGACCCUCAACGGUCAGGUGGUUGUCUCCAACACUCGUUUCCAGGUUGUAAACAAUGGUUGCAAGUACAAGUUGACCAUUAAAGACGCGGUUCUAUCUGACGCUGGUGACGUAGUCUUUACAAUCAAGGACCUAAGCUGCAGGACUGUGCUCUUUGUCAAAGAGAGGCCAGUGCACAUUUUUAGGGAUCUCCUUAAUGUCAAGACUGUGCCAGGUGAGGAUGCAGAGCUGAGCUGUGAGAUCACCAAACCCGAGGUCACCAUCCAUUGGCUGAAAAACGGUCAUUCAAUAAGACAGAAUCCCAAAUAUAGAAUGAGUGUGGAGAAGAACCUGGCAAGGCUGAUAAUUAAGAAUACCACAAUCAGGGAUUCGGGGGAAUACUGCUGUCAGGCCGAUGGGGUUGCAUCUCGUGCCAAGCUAGAGGUUAGAGAACUUCAACACACCUUUGCGAGGGAGUUAAGGGAUACCCAAGCAGAGGAAAAGGGUAAAGUGACUCUAGAGUGUGAGACAAGGCGGCCAGCCAAGCGAGUGAUCUGGUUGAAGGGCAUGAUGGAGCUGAGGUCUGGUAGGAAGUAUGUCAUGAGGCAGAAGGGUGUGCUGCUGUCACUCACCAUCACCUAUCUGGAGAAGUUGGACACGGAUAUCUACACGUGCGAUGUCGGGACCAUGCAGAGCCGUGCACAGCUGACUGUGCAAGGUCAGAGAGUGGUGAUCCUGGAUGAACUGGAGGACGUUGAGUGCCUUGAAGGCGACACUGUCACGUUCAGGUGCCAAAUCUGUCCCAGUGACUACACGGGCGUGAAGUGGUACCUGGAUGAGACUUUGCUCUACAACAAUAAGCUGAACGAGAUCCAGAUGUUGUCGGGGGGCUACCACACACUCACGUUUAGACAGCUGGCACGCAAAGACACUGGCACCAUCUCGUUUUCAGCCAGCGACAAACGAUCCUACGCCUCACUGUUGGUGAGAGAGAGACGUCCGACCAUCUGUAAAGCGCUAGAGGACUGUGAGGCUAUUGAAGGAGGCGGUCUCAUUUUGUUUUGUGUGACGUCGAAGCCGUGUCACAUCAUGUGGUACAAAGACGGCUGCCUGAUGUGGAGCUCGUCGAGGUAUUUUGCGAGCCGUUCGGGGUGUGAGGCUCGACUGACCAUUCGGGAGGUCUCUCAAAGUGACGCCGGGGUAUAUGAGUGCAGUGCUGGCUCUGUCACAACAAGGGCUGUAAUCACCGUCAAAGCCAUCCCAGCCGAGUUCACUCAGCCUCUACAGAGCGUAGAGGCCCAAGAGGGUGAGACUGCUACCCUGACCUGUGAGUACUCUCUGCCGGGGGUCCAGUUUCACUGGAGAAAAGGUGUGGAGAGCCUCAGGUCCGGAGAUAAGUAUGUGAUGAAACAAAGAAAGACCAUCAAUUCUCUCAUAAUCCGAGCUCUCAAACCUGACGACUCGGGGGAGUACACGUGUCAGUGCAGAGGUCACCACACUACAGCAAGCCUCAAAGUACAAGCCAUUCCUGUUACAUUCACACAACACCUGAAGAACAUGCAAGCCGAGGAAGGCAGUAAUGUCAUAUUGCGCUGUGAACUCUCUAAACCUGGAAUACCGAUAGAAUGGAGGCGGGGACAAGAAGCGUUGAGGAAUGGAGUGAAGUACCAGAUGAGGAGAUGGGAGACAACCGUGGAGCUUUUGAUAUGGAAGUCUGUGCCCGAGGACAGUGGCAUUUACAAAUGCUUGUCCGCUGAUCAGCUCACAUCCGCCACUGUCAAAAUCACUGCUCAACCGCUCACCUUCAAGCAGAAGCUGCGCAACGUGACUAUCGAGGAGGGCAACACCGCGACUUUACGCUGUGAGCUUUCCAAAGCGUCUCUCUUUGUGGAGUGGAGGAAGGGCGAUGAGCUCAUCAGGCAUGGAGACAAAUACCACAUUCGCCAGAGAGACUCGCUGAUUGAACUGAGGAUCCAGGAUGUGACGCCAGAGGACAGUGACAUCUACACGUGCAUUUGUGGGAGCAUCGAGACCACGGCAACCGUCACUGUGAAUGUGGUCCCCGUGGCCUUCAAGCAAAAGCUGAAGAACCUCCAAGCGGAGGAGGGACACAACGUCACGCUGUCUUGCGAGGUCUCCAAAGCUGGCAUGCCGGUGGAAUGGCGGCUGGCUGGGGAGCUGCUGGAGGAAGGAGAGAAGUACCAGAUGAAGCAGAGGGGAUGCAUGCUGGAGCUGACCAUCGCUGAUGCUCUACCAGAGGACAGCGGCGUCUACGUGUGUGUCUGUCGAGACCAGAAGACCAAGGCAACGGUUAAAGUUGUUGCUGUUCCUGCUACGUUUAAAGGGACGCUGAAAAACCAAGAGACAGACGAGGGCAAAAGUGUGACGUGGCGCUGUGAACUGUCCAAAAAGGACGCCACAGUCCAAUGGCAGAAAGACGGACAGGUGCUAUCCGAGGAGAUGUGGGCCAGGAAAUAUCAGAUCAAGCUGGAAGGGAAGACGGCCGAGUUGACCGUCGCCAACGUCCAAGUGGAGGACGCAGGAAGGUACUCCUGUGUCACAGGGGAUGAGAGAACCAGCGCCGAGCUCAAAGUGAAGCCGCUUCCUGUCACCUUCAAACGACAACUCCAGAACGUGGAGGUGAAGGAAGGUGGCAGCGCGGUUUUGUGCUGCGAGCUCUCCAAGCCUGGGGCUCCUGUGGAGUGGCGGCGAGGACGAGUGCAUCUGAAGAGCGGAGGCAAAUACGAGAUGAGGCAGGAGGGGCCUUACACCAAGAUGACCGUCAACAACGUGGAGGAGAGCGAUGCCGGGAAAUACAUCUGUAAGACCAAGGACAGCCAGUCCACUGCCGAGCUCACAGUCCAAGGUUUGGCGCCACGUUUCACGCUGCUGCUGGCAAACCAGGAGGCGAGCGAAGGCAGCAGCGUGUUUUUACGCUGCGAGCUCAACAAAGCCGCCUCCUCGGUGGAAUGGAGGAAAGGAGGCUCGCUGCUGAGGCAGGGGGACAAGUACCAGAUGAGGAGGAAGGAUUUGCAGCUGGAGAUGACCAUUGGACAGGUGGCCCUGGAAGACGCCGGGGAUUACACCUGCACAUGCGGUCAGGAGAGUACCACAGCCCGGGUGGCCGUGAAUGAACGACCUGUCCGAUUCCUCCGAGAGCUGAGUAACGUGGAAGUGCAGGAGGGUAACGCUGUAGCGCUUUGCUGCCAGCUCUCCAAAGCGGAGCUGACUGCUCAGUGGAUGAAAGGAUACCGAGUGUUAACCAACGGCGAGAACUACCAGCUGACGCAAAGAGGCUCCACCAUGGAACUGCUCAUCAGGAAGAGCCAGCCCGAGGACAGCGGCCUGUACUGCUGCGUUUGUCAAGACAUUAAAACAACCGCUACCAUCAUAAUCACCGCAAUUCCAGUGAUUUUCAAGCAAAAGCUGAAGGACCAGGAAGUGGUGGAGGAGAGCAGUGUGAUGCUCCACUGCGAGCUCUCCAAACCAGGAGUCCCGGUAGAGUGGCGGAAAGAUGCUCAACUCCUGAGUGAGGGAGCCAAAUGUCAGCUAAAGCAGGAGGGAAGGGUGUGUGAGGUGCUGAUGAGAGACGUAACGCUCAAGGAUGCUGGUGAAUACAGCUGCUCGGUUGGUACAGCUGUGACGUCAGCUGAUAUCAAAGUAAGAGAACUUCCUGUCACGUUCAAGCAAGAAAUUCAGAACUUGGAGGUGAAGGAAGGUGACAGCGGAGUGUUCUGUUGUGAGUUGUCCAAACCUGGAGCUCCGGUGGACUGGAGGAAAGGAAGAGUGAUCCUAAAGCCUGGUUAUAAAUACGAAAUGAAGCAGGAGGGACAUUUCACCAAACUCAUCGUCAACAACGCAGAGGAGAGUGAUUCUGGGAAAUACACCUGCAAGACGAAAGACAGCCAGUCAACUGCUGAGCUGCUGGUAAAAGCACCUCCCAUCACGUUCAAAACCAAACUGAAGAACCAGGAAGUGGAGGAGGAGAACAGCGUGAUGUUGACGUGUGAACUGUCCAAACCUGGCCUGGCUGUGGAGUGGAGGAAGGGACAAGAGCUACUGAAAAAUAAUUUCAAGUACCAGAUAAAAAAUCGAAACAGCAUGUUGGAGCUGACUAUUAAAAACAUACAACUGGAGGACAGUGGGGUCUACAGCUGUGUCUACGGCGACGUCAAGACCAUAGCCAACAUCGAUGUUACACCUAUACCCCUCACCUUUAAGCUGGGUUUGAAGAACCAGGAAGCUGCUGAGGGAGGAAACAUAACCCUUAGAUGCGAACUUUCUAGGACUGGAGUAGCUGUGCAGUGGUGGAAGGGGGAGGACCAGCUGCAUCAAGGCGGAAGGUAUCAGAUGACUCUGAAGGAGAACAUAGCUGAGAUGAUCAUCAAAAACACCCAGCCGGAGGACGUUGGGGAGUAUAGUUGUGUCCUUGGCGAGCAGAAGACCACAGCGGAAGUGAACGUGCGAGCAGCGGCAUCUGUGUUCUUCGAGAAAGAGCUGGACAGCCAAGCGGUGAUGGAGGGCAAAUCGGUGCUGCUGUCGUGUGAAGUUUCUAGCGCUAACGUCCCAGUCACUUGGAAGAAAGACAACGCUGUGGUUGAAGAAGGCGAACGAGUGACUAUAACAAAAAAAGGACCUACGCAUAUGCUUGAGAUCAAGCAGCUGUGUUUAGAAGAUGCUGGUGAAUAUUGUUGCAUCACCAGGGGAAAGAAGACCACUUCUAAGUUGGUUGUAAGAGAGCGAGUGCGAAUUGUGACGGAGCUUAAAGAUGUUACGGUGACAGCGGGGGAGGACGCAGAGUUUGUGUGCGAGCUCAGUCACGUGAACGUGAGCGAGGGUAUGUGGUGGCUCGGCUCCAGUCCACUGCAGAGGAACGAGAUGAACCAGAUGACAUGCCAGGGCCGUCAACACAGACUGCUGCUUACCAUGACAACACCUGAGGAGACGGGAACUGUGGCAUUUGUGGUCGGGGAGGAAAGGACCUCUGCAAGUCUUCUAGUGGUACCAAAGGUCAAAGUUCUAUUUGAGGAGGUGCCUAAAGAUGUGACAACCAUGGAGGGAGAGACAGCUACUUUGUCCUGCACAACCUCGGACUUCAGAAGCACUGUUACCUGGAGGCGGAACCACAUUCCUCUCAAAAACAGCGAUAAAUUUGAAAUGCGUAAGGAAGGAAAAGUCAGCCUACUGCUCAUCCAUGCUGUGGACUCUCUGGAUGUUGGAGUCUACUGUUGCGAUACAGGAGACGUGCAGGCCACUGCCAAGAUUACCGUGACAGAGCUCCCUCCAUUUUUCCAGGAAGAGUUGCAGAGUGUUGAGAGUGAGGAGGGAAGCUCAGUUAUUCUGUACUGCGAGCUGUCCAAACUUGAGAUGCUGGUGCAAUGGAAGAAAAACAGACUGCCACUGCGGGCCGGCAGGAAGUACGAGAUGACACAAGAUGGCUGCCUUCUCCAACUUCACAUCAAGGAGCUGAAGCUUGAGGACAGCGGCAGCUACACGUGUCAAGCGGGAAGUGCGGAAACAACUGCAGCUGUUACAGUCAAAGAAUUGCCUCCAUUCUUCAAGAAAGAUUUGCAAAAUGUGGAGCCGGAUGAGGGAGAUUCAGUCUCUCUGAGCUGUGAGCUGUCUAAACCUGGAGCCCAAGUGCAAUGGAAGAAGAACAGACUGCCUGUGAGGGCCAACAGAACAUAUGAGAUGAAGCAAGAUGGCUGCCUCCUGCAACUCUACAUUAAAGAGAUCAAACCUGAGGACAGUGGAAGCUACACGUGUCAAGCAGGAGGUGCAGAAACCACUGCAAAUGUGAGAGUGAAAGAACUUCCAGCAUUUUUCAACGAAAACCUACAGAACGUAAAGGCUGAAGAGGGCGGUACUGCCUGUCUGUGUUGUGAGCUAUCAAAGCCAGAAGCCACAGUGCAGUGGAAGAAGAACAAGUUGCCUAUAAGAGCCGGCAGCAAGUAUGAGAUGAGGCAGGAUGGGUGCUUCCUCCAGCUUCGUAUUAAGGAGCUUCAACCUGAGGACAGUGGUCGUUACACAUGUCAAGCAGGAAGUGCUGAGACAACUGCCACUUUGUCAGUAAAAGAACUGCCUCCAUUCUUUGUGACAAACAUACAAAAUAUUGAGAUGGAAGAGGAAAGUUCAGUCUCUCUAAGCUGUGAGUUGUCUAAACCUGGACUGUCAGUCCAAUGGAAGAAAAACGGGCUGCCACUGAGGGCCAACAGGAAGUAUGAGAUGAAACAAGAUGGCUGCCACCACCACCUCAACAUCAGUGAGCUAAAACUCGAGGACAGUGGCAUGUACACAUGUCAAGCAGGAAAUGCAGAGACAAUUGCAACUGUGUCCGUAAGAGAGCUUCCAAUGUCAUUCAACGCUGACUUAGAAAAUACAGAGAUGGAGGAAGGAGAUACAGCCAUCCUGAACUGUGAGUUGUCUAAACCUGGAGUGUCAGUGCAAUGGAAGAAGAACAGACUGCCCCUGAGGGCCAACUGGAAGUACGAGAUGAAACAAGAUGGCUGCUUCCUUCAGCUCAAAAUUAAUGACCUCAAACUAGAAGACAGUGGACGUUACACAUGUCAAGCAGAAAGUGCGGAGACUGUAGCCACUUUAGAAGUAAAAGAGUUGCCUCCAUUAUUUGUGACUGAUUUACAAAGUAUGGAGAUGGAGGUCGGCGGUUCUGUUUCUCUGAGAUGUGAGCUGUCCAAACCUGGAGUGCCAGUGCAAUGGAAGAUGAACAAAUUGCCUUUGAGGGCAAACAAGAAGUAUGAGAUGAAACAAGAUGGCUGCCUCCUUCAGCUCAACAUUAAUGAUCUCAAACCAGAAGACAGUGGAAGCUACACUUGUCAAGCAGAAAGCGCAGAGACCGUGGCCACUUUGUCAGUGAAAGAGCUGCCUCCAUCAUUUGUGACAGACUUACAAAGUAUGGAGAUGGAGGAAGGAGGUUUGGUCUCUCUAAGAUGUGAGCUUUCUAAACCUGGAGUGUCAGCACAAUGGAAGAAGAAUAGCCUGCUUUUGAGGCCAAACAGAAAGUACGAGAUGAAACAAAAUGGCUGCCUCCUCCAGCUCAACAUUAAUGACCUCCAAACAGAAGACAGUGGAAGCUAUACUUGUCAAGCAGGAAGUGCAGAAACGAUGGCCACUUUGUCAGUGAAAGAGCUGCCUCCAUCAUUUGUGACAGACUUACAAAGUAUGGAGAUGGAGGAAGGAGGUUCUGUCUCUCUGACAUGUGAGCUGUCUAAACCUGGAGUGGUAGUGCACUGGAAGAAGAACAGACUGCCUUUGAGGGCCAAAGGGAAGUAUGAGAUGAAACAAAAUGGCUGCCUCCUUCAACUGAAAAUUAUUGACCUCAAACCAGAAGACAGUGGAAGCUACACAUGUCAAGCAGGGAGUGCGGAGACCAUGGCAACUUUGUCAGUGAAAGAGCUACCUCCGUUGUUUGUGACUGACUUACAAAGUAUGGAGGUGGAGGAAGGAGGUUCUGUCUCUCUGAGAUGUGAGCUGUCCAAACCUGGAGUGUCAGUGCAAUGGAAGAAGAACAGACUGCCUUUGAGGGCAAACAAGAAGUAUGAGAUGAAACAAGAUGGCUGCCUCCUUCAGCUCAACAUUAAUGACCUCAAAACACAAGACAGUGGAAGCUACACUUGUCAAGCAGGAAGUACGGAGACUGUGGCCACUUUGUCAGUGAAAGAGCUGCCUCCAUCGUUUGUGACAGACUUAGAAAGUACGGAGAUAGAGGAAGGAGGUUCUGUCUCUCUAAGAUGUGAGCUGUCCAAACCUGGUGUGUCAGUGCAAUGGAAGAAGAACAGACUGCCUUUGAGGGCAAACAAGCAGUAUGAGAUGAAACAAGAUGGCUGCCUCCUUCAACUCAACAUUAAUGACCUCAAAACAGAAGACAGUGGAAGCUAUACAUGUCAUGCAGGAAGUGCAAAGACUGUGGCCACUUUGUCAGUGAAAGAGCUGCCUCCAUCGUUUGUGACAAACUUACAAAGUAUAGAGAUCGAGGAAGGAGGUUUGGUUUUUCUAAGAUGUGAGCUGUCCAAACCUGGAGUGUCAGUGCAAUGGAAGAAGAACAGACUGCCUUUGAGGGCCAACAAGAAGUAUGAGAUGAAACAAGAUAGCUGCCUCCUUCAGCUCAAUAUUAAUGACCUCAAAACAGAAGACAGUGGAAGCUAUACAUGUCAAGCAGGAAGUGCAGAGACUGUGGCCACUUUGUUAGUAAAAGAGCUGCCUCCAUCGUUUGUGACAAACUUACAAAGUAUAGAGAUGGAGGAAGGAGGUUUGGUUUCUCUAAGAUGUGAGCUGUCCAAACCUGGAGUGUCAGUACAAUGGAAGAAGAACAAGCUGCCUCUCAGGGCCAACAAGAAGUACGAGAUGAAACAAGAUGGCUGCCUCCUUCAGCUCAACAUUAAUGACCUCAAAACAGAAGACAGUGGAAGCUAUACAUGUCAUGCAGGAAGUGUAGAGACUGUGGCCACUUUGUUAGUAAAAGAGCUGCCUCCAUCGUUUGUGACAAACUUACAAAGUAUAGAGAUGGAGGAAGGAGGUUUGGUUUCUCUAAGAUGUGAGCUGUCCAAACCUGGAGUGUCAGUACAAUGGAAGAAGAACAAACUGCCUCUCAGGGCCAACAAGAAGUAUGAGAUGAAACAAGAUGGCUGCCUCCUUCAGCUCAACAUUAAUGACCUCAAAACACAAGACAGUGGAAGCUACACUUGUCAAGCAGGAAGUGCAGAGACUGUGGCCACUUUGUUAGUAAAAGAGCUGCCUCCAUCGUUUGUGACAAACUUACAAAGUAUAGAGAUGGAGGAAGGAGGUUUGGUUUCUCUAAGAUGUGAGCUGUCCAAACCUGGAGUGUCAGUACAAUGGAAGAAGAACAACCUGCCUCUCAGGGCCAACAAGAAGUAUGAGAUGAAACAAGAUGGCUGCCUCCUUCAGCUCAACAUUAAUGACCUUAAACCAGAAGACAGUGGAAGCUAUACUUGUCAAGCAGGAAGCACAGAGACCAUGGCCACUUUGUCAGUGAAAGAGCUGCCUGCAUUGUUUGUGACUGAUUUACAAAGUAUGGAGAUGCAAGAGGGAGGUUCCGUUUGUCUGACAUGUGAGCUGUCUAAACCUGGAGUGUCAGUGCAAUGGAAGAAGAACAGACAGCCUCUGAGGGCCAACAGGAAGUACGAAAUGAAACAAGAUGGCUGCCUCCUUCAGCUCAACAUUACUGACCUCAAACCAGAAGACAGUGGAAGCUACACUUGUCAAGCAGGAAGUGCGGAGACCGUGGCCAAUUUGUUAGUGAAAGAGUUUCCUCCAUCGUUUGUGACAAACCUGGAAAGUAUGGAGGUGGAGGAAGGAGGUUCUGUCUCUCUGAGCUGCGAGUUGUCUAAACCUGGAGUGUCAGUGCAAUGGAAGAAGAACAGACUGCCUCUGAGGGCCAACAGGAAGUACGAGAUGAAACAAGAUGGCUGCCUCCUUCAACUCAACAUUGUUGACAUCAAACCUGAAGACAGUGGAAGCUACACUUGUCAAGCAGGGAGUACAGAAACCACGGCUGCUGUUUCUGUGAAAGAGCUUCCUCCGUUGUUCAAGACAAAACUACAAAGUAUAAAGGCAGAAGAGGGAGCUACAGCCAUCUUAUGCUGUGAGUUGUCUAAACCUGCAGUAUCAGUGCAGUGGAAGAAGAACACAAUACCUCUAAAACCAAACAAGAAGUAUGAGAUGAAGCAGGAUGGCUGCAACCUUCAGCUUCAUAUUAAGGAGAUCCAUCCAGAAGACAGCGGCAGCUAUGCAUGUCAAGCAGGAAGUGCAGAGACCACUGGAACUGUAUCUGUAAAAGUAGCACCUAAGACCACCUCACCAAAUGAAGAACCUCCAACGAAAAUGCCACGACGAAGGGGCAGUGCCUCGACCCCUACACCUGAGAAUGGCGUAGAUGUUCAGCCUGUUCCUCCAGAGCCCAAGAAGAGGACAUUGCGAAAAGCAUCAAUCACAGUGUUAGAGCAAGAUACAGAACCCAUGUUUGAAAACAAACAGCCUGUACUGGUCUUUCAAAGAGAGAAGGAAAUCCAGAAUGUAAAAUCUCCAGAUAUAGACUUUGAAAUUGCUCAGAAUGAAAAACAGCAGGAGGACAAAAGUUACUGGGAUGAAGAGGUUUACAAAAGACCAGAUGCAUUACUUGAAAAGGAGAAAGACAUUGAAAAAGUUGACCUGAAGGAAAAAGAAACCGGAAAGCUGCAAGUGGAAAUUAGUCCCCCAGGCAAGAUUGGAGACAAUGUGGAAAAUCAAGGGAAACAGCCAUUUGAAUAUCUGGACAGAGGCCGAAAAGAGCAAGUGGAACCUUUUGAAGAGGCCAGUGAAAUUUAUCCAGAGACAGUGUUGUGGAAGAGAGUCGAGGAUGACAAGAUGACUGGGAAACCGCACAUUGGGAACAAAAUAACAUUGGAACAAGAAACCAAGUCAAUUGAGGAAAGUGAAGAUAAUUUGAAACCACUGGUGAGGUCAAAAGAAAAGGUUAGUGGAAGAGAGCCUCUUGAUAAUGUUAAAAAGGAAACAGAGAAGCUCUGUUUAACGACAUUAAAAACUGCAAUCAAUGUUUCUAAGGAAGGAGAUAAACAGAGAGAUUAUGUGAAACAACUAGAGACCACAGAGAGAGUAGAGGAGGUAAGAGUUCCGUCGCCAUAUCAGGAUAGCCAUUCCGUAGAAAUACUAAACAAAACUCAAGAUACAAAGGUUGGAUUUGGUCCUCCAAAGCCACCUGUGAGAUCAAAAAGCAAAACAAGGACAGGAAUAGAGAAACAGCAAUCAAGAGACACCGAGACAGAUCAAGAUGAGCAACUCUCAAGGAGUAUGCUGCCAACAUCUGAAGAUCAGCCACUAAUACAACCAGCAAGGCCUUUAAAAGAAGAUAACUCAAGACUGGAACACGGUCAGUCAGCACCGCCAGAUGCUGAAAUGGCUGAAAAACAGAAAACAGCUGAGAAGUCUAUGGUCACCAAACAGCAGAUCAAACAUCCGGUAAAACCCAUGAGGAAAGAACCCAAAGCUGACAAAGAAAUGGAUAAGGUAUCACUGGUAGAAAAUGAUGAAAAUCAAGUAGUGAAAAUGACAGAAGACAUUCCUCUCCUCUAUAUUUCUGAAGAUGAAACUUUCUCCGAAGCGUUGACAGAUAUCCCAGACAGCUACAGCAACGUUCAACCUCCUUGCUCUCUUGACCAAACAUCAACCCAGCCCUACAUCUUUCCUCCUGUUGUGGUUCUCCAGAAAACAGUCAAGGGUGCUUCACCAGAGACGUACACCAGCGCUAAAGAUGAACUACAAAUAAGAGAUGCUGCAGCCAAAGAUUUGUGUCCAGUCUUAAAAGAGGUCUUUAAAAACCAGUGUCCAGAUGUUGGUGGCACCCUCAGUCUAAUGUGUACUGUAGAAGGACAAUAUGACACAGUGCGCUGGCUCAAAGAUGGCCAACAAAUCAGUAGUGAUAAGCGUCAUCAAAUCAAAGCCACAGGGGACGGUGUAUGCUCUCUUGUAAUCACCAAACUGACCCUCACCGACAGCGGAAUCUACACAUGUGAGGUGGUCAAUAAAUAUGGAGUGACAUCCCACAAUAGUAACAUGACGGUGGUUCAACCCCAGCAGCCUACUUCAACAGUUCAAAGGCCCGUGCACCCAACAUUUGCCACCAUUACUCCCCUGCAACUGGCCCCGCCAAAGCCUGAGGAUGAAACCCACAUUCAAGAUCAGUUUUCGACCUCAGCUACUGAUGCCGAUAACUAUGUGGAGAAUGUUGAUGUCUCUUUGUGGGAGGCCUACAACCUGACUGAGCGAGACAACCAGAUGAGCCUACAAGAGAAAAGAGCAUCCUCUCUCAUCACCAGCAGUUCCAUGUCAAGCCCAUCUGAUUAUGAGACGGCUCCAGAUGGGAUGGAACCUAUAGAAAUCUCUAUUAAGACCACCCCACCGAGGGAGCUUCCUCAGGCAACAGACCAAAUACCGCCAAAGUAUGUGGAUGAAGAUUCCCAACCACUUAAAGACUUACUAAAGGUCAAAGGAGCCCACGAAAGUCGAAUGAGAACACAAUCGCCUAAACACAUAAGAGCCCACACACCGCUAGCUAGCACGGUGUCUGGUUCCGAAUCUGAAGGGGAAGAAGAUCAACACGAGACUUUUGAAAUGUACGUGGCUCGAGCAGACUGCAACCCCAACAGUGGAAGUAAGGACAGUUUUCUUCUGAAGGAGGGUCAAUAUGUGGAGGUCCUGGACUCUGUCCAUCCAGACAAAUGGCUGGUGAGGACCAAACCCACCAAAACCAACCCUGCUCGCCAGGGAUGGGUUUGUCCGGCCUACAUGGAGAAGAAGAGAAAGGAGACCCUAGCGCAAUUUAGAACACCUCAAGAGGAUCUUGAUGGCAUUGGUUCCACGGGGGAAGAGUACAGGAAGGCUUUAAGCCAGCUGAUCCAAGGCCUGAUCGACGGAGAGGAGGAGUUUGUGAAAGAGAUGAGGACGUUCAUUUCACAUCAGCUAAAGUACUUGGACUCGAGCCCUCACGUCCCCGUCAACAUCCUCAACCAGAAAGACAUCAUUUUUAGAAACAUAAAGGACAUCGUGGUUCUACACGAGAGCGGCAUUCUUCCCGGCCUGAGAGAGUGCGCUACAGAUGACGACGUCGCCAUGCGUCUGAUCAAGUACUCUGAAGACUUUGAAAAGUACAUCCACUACAUGGUGGGACAAGCACACGCCGAGGCCUGCAUCGCCGAUAAAUUGACCCAACAAUAUCUAAAGGAGUUACCAAGAUCUGGUAGCCCUGAUGCUCCUGUCAUGGAUGCCAUGACGUUCCUCCAAAGACCAAUUGAGAGGAUUCAGACCUAUCAAGCAUUACUAAAGGAGUUGAUUAAGAACAAGGCCAAAAGCGGUCAGAGCUGCUGUCUAUUGGAAGACGCUUUCUCCCUGGUGUCCUGUCUACCCUGGAGGUCGGACAACCUGCACCAGGCCUCCCUCAUCGAGAACUACCCUGCCCCCUUAACCGCCCUGGGAGAGCCUGUGCGACAGGGAGCCUUCACAGUGUGGGAGGAAGCUCCAGAAACCAAAACCACCUCAAGAGGGCACCAGAGACAAGUCUUUCUUUUCAAAGAAUGUAUCGUCCUAUGCAAACUGAAAAGAGACGCUAGUGAGACGUACACCUUUAAGAAUAAAAUGAAGCUGAAUGAUGUGGAGCUCAAGGAGACGACGCGAGGCGAUGAGAAGACGUGGGAGGUGUGGCACGAGCACAGGGGGUCGGUGCGCAGGUACACGCUGCAGGGACGCUCACCGCUCACCAAACUGUCUUGGCUCAAAGACCUGAAGGAGCUGCAGCAACGCGCCGUCCUGCCCGCUAACAGCCCGCCUGUGUUCAAAUCCCUACUGUCGGACUGCACAACCACGAUGGGACAGACCAUCAAACUGAGCUGCAAUGUCACAGGAACGCCUCUACCCCACAUCACUUGGCUCAAAGAUGGCCUACCUUUGGAAGACGAUCCUCGUCACAUCAUCACGGCCGAGCGCUCUGGCACGUGCAGUCUGGUCUUGGACAGCUUGACCGCGGAAGACUCGGGACAAUAUGUGUGCCAUGCAUCCAGCAGCGUGGGCAGCGCCGCCUCUCUGGCUACUCUUGUGGUGCAGGCUCCACCCAGAUUUGUCAGUCGGCUGGAAAGUUCUUGCCUGAUGGAGAAGGAGGACAUGGCCUUCACCUGUUCUACCCUGACCACUCCUUUACCCAGAAUCAGGUGGAUGAAAGACGGCCAAGAGUUGACCGACAAGCGUAAAUACCUCAUCUGGAAUGACGCCCGCAGCAGAGUCUUGUCCCUGACCAUCGUCGCCGCCACCCAGGCAGACGUCGGGCUGUACGAGUGCGAGCUGUCCAAUCAGCUGGGUUGCGUCAAGUGCAAGGCCGGCCUGUGCCCCGCCUACGUGGCCCCGGAUGAAGACCAGGCACAUGACCUGCCUCCUAAAGAUGCGGAAUCGGACGUUUGGUCGUCUUCGUUUGUGAAGAAAUGGCUACAAACAGAUGCCACGCCUUCUCCUAUUGCUAAGAUGAUUCUCCCGCCUACAUUUCAUGAGCAAGCUGAGCUUGGUAGCGUUGCAGAGGUUCCUCAAUCUGCACCUGCCGAGCCGCGCUACUUGGAGGAGGAAGAAGAAGAACUGUACAUCUCAGAGCAAAUGCAGGAAAUCACAGAUGUUCCUCCCUUGGUGCAAGUACCCCCCGAGGACGCCUGCGUGGAGCCCGGCCAGCGAGUUACUUUCACCGCCAUUAUUACAGGAAGGCCUACGCCACAGAUUCAGUGGUACAAGGACGGAGAGGAACUCCCGGCCAGUGAGAAUGUGGAGAUGGUGCGACAUGCUGCUCGCUGCUCAGUCACCAUAGUGUGUCCUGAAGGAGAGGACAGCGGCAUUUACACCUGCUUCUCCUACAACCACUCUGGACAUGUUUCCUGCCAGGCUCAGCUCACAGUGGAGGAAGGUCCACUGGGGUCUCAGGACAGAGAGGUGGAUCUCGGGAAGAGAAGGAAGCUGUUGGCUGUCUAUGACGUAGGAGAGGAAAUGGGAAGGGGAACAUUCGGGGUGGUGAAACGGGUCACCCACAGACGGACGGGCGAAGUCUUUGCCGCCAAAUUCUUACCCCUGCGUAGCAGCACCCACACCCGCGCCUUCCAGGAGAGGGACCUGCUUUCCCGUCUGGCUCACCCCAGGGUGGCUUGUCUGCUGGAUUUCUUCUGCACCAGACGCACUCUGGUGCUCAUCACAGAAAUCUGCUGCUCUCAUGGGCUUGUCGACCAUUUGUUACUUCGAGGAUUGGUCUCGGAGAAAGAGGUCCAGUCGUACAUGCAGCAGAUUCUGGAAGGCGUCGGUCACAUUCACAGCAUGAACAUUUUGCACCUGGACAUCAAACCGGAGAACAUCCUAAUGGUGUAUCCACCCAGGGAUGAAAUCAAGAUCUGUGACUUCGGCUUCUGCCAGGAAGUAGACACGUCCCGGCACCAGUACAGCAUGUUUGGUACGCCCGAGUUUGUCGCACCCGAGGUUGUUCACCAAGAACCCGUGAGUGUGGCCACGGAUAUUUGGUCUGUGGGUGUGAUGGCAUAUCUAUGCCUGUUGUGUCGAUGCCCCUUUGUGGGCGAGACAGACCGCGCUACGCUGCUGAGAGUGGGCGAAGGGACUCUAAACUGGGAUUCCCCGGAUGUUGGAUGUCGGAGUCCCGAGGCCCAGAACUUUCUCCGUAUUCUCCUUCAACCAGACCCAGAGAAGAGACCUUCUGCCUUUGAGUGUUUGAGCCACGAAUGGUUCCAGGAUGAAAAUGCAGCGGAAGACGCGGAUGAAAUUAACACCAAGAAUUUAAAAGUUUUCCUGUCGAAAAGAAAAUGGCAGCGUUCUUUGACUUGCAUUGGUUCCGUGCUCACAUUGAGACAAAUCCCAGAACUCCUGGAUGCUCCUCUCAGAUACACAGCAGUGACUGUCCCCCGUGAACCGCAGCAGAACAGCAGCAGCUCGGUUAGCAGCGGCUCAUCGUCCGAAUAUGAUGAGGCCGACUCUUGGGACUUCUUCCAGCACUGCAGCCCAACUGAAGAGGAGGAAGAAGAAACGGAGGACGACUACGAUCCUUUGAUGGAGAGAGCGCAGAUCCCGGAACAUUUUGCUAUACUUCGCCGAGGUCUCGAGGAGGAGGAAGAAGUGACCUUUGGGGAGGAAGAGGAUGAGGAGUUGGGUGGAAGUAGGAGCGUGUUAGAGCGGAGUAUGAGCAGGCAGUCUGCCGCAUCGUCAGAUGUGUCGUACCUACAAACUCCUCAGAAUGAACGAAGGUUCAGCAGGGGCAGUAGUCCGUCCCUCAACCUUUCCGAUGGAGAUGAGGGUUCCGGGAGUGAUGCGGGUCGAAUCCCUCGUGGCAGCGUGAUCCGAAGCACUUUCCACAGCACAUCCCAUCAACUGUCACCCAUGUCUGCCAGACACAUGACGCUACGAGACAAGUUCCAGGCCAAAAAACAGGAGAGAGGCCGCAAGCCACUCCGGAGAAGCCUUUCAGGGCGCCUCACAGAGCCUCUCAUAGAAUAUGUGGAAGAUGACACGGAGACCAACCGCAGCCAGAGACGGGGGUCCGUCCAACCCACUAUACACAAGUCCACUUCCUUUGACAGCUGCGUCAUCCUCCCCGAAACAAAUGUGCCACCUCAUAGGAGGAGCAGGUCUCUUGAUGAGUACUCUCGACGGUCCCCCAGUUCACCCAAGCGCUCAAAGCCAAGAGACGAAGAAGCUACUCAAAGUCUAAAGGAGGAUUUCACGGAUGAUGAAGUAGCAGGGAAGAAGUUGCUGGUUCUUCCGAGCCCUCGGCGACCCACAAGAAGAAAGGGUUCUAUUGCUCCUGUGCAUGGUACUCACACAGCAGGUGGUGUGUCUGGUCCCUUGACCCUUCUUGUUGGUGACAGAAUAGGCAGAAAGUUGGAUCCGGAGCAAUCAGAGGGAGAGGCCUUUGCUGGCUCCCAGGGUUCCUUGGCCGAGUCGUCUGCUUUGGAGCAUGGUGGCUCUGAGUCCUCCAGCAGACUUGGUUCUUAUGAGGAGCUCAGAGGGAGAUAUAGAUCAGAAGAAAGUGAAGGGUAUGAUGAUCCAGGAGAACCACUGAUUUCACCAUCCCCUCGCUCAUUUCAGGAACUCAAACCUAGAUUCCCCUGUCCUAAAGUCCCACCCCGCAACCGCACACGCUCCAACCCCAACAUAUGUCUCAUGCAGACAUCCCUAACACCUAGUCCGAGUCCUAGCCUCUCCUCUCUCCAAGCUCCCGAAAGGCCUCCAAGAUCUAAAGAUAAGAAAGAAGGCCUCCAGAGACAUGCUUCUGCACCAGCCCUUGAAGUCCAAACCCUCACAGGAAAAUCUCCAAAACUGGGAUUGCUCAGGCUCUUCCGCAGGCAGUCCUGGACCAGCCAUUCCAGCUCCGAGCUGGAGGCCGCGCAGUUAGGACCCACUCUAGGAGAGAUAAUGAAGCCAGACACACCGACCAUGUCGCUCAGAAAGAAAAUGAGAGCCUCAGCCUCAAGUCUUACCAAGCUGUUUUCAAGGUCUUCCAGCAAGGAGGAUCUGAGUAAAGGGCCAAUAGUUAAGAGCUCCAUCUCGCCUGAAAUUGAGCAUGGCCUUGCGAGUCCAAAAAAGAGGACCUCCAAGCGCUUGCCUUCUUUUAAGAUACCAGCAUUCAAAAAAGCCAAAGAUCUUCUAGUUCGUCCCAACAAGGCUGAGGUGAUGCAGUUAGAUGGAGGUGGAGUAUUGCUGGUGUGGAGGCCUGUCCAGUCUAGUGACCCUGUGACCUACUGCGUCCAGUACAGCACAGAGGGCGGAGACUGGACGGUCCUGUCCGAGGAUGUGACGGACAGCAGCUACGUAGCAAAGGACCUACCCAAGGGAGCUUCGUACGUCUUCAGGGUGGGCUGCAUCACCGAGACCGGGGCGGGACCGUUCAGUGAAGCUUCAGCUCCCAUUGUCAUGGCAACUCACCCCGAAGACGCUCGCAUUCCCCUCAUCCAGACCGAGCGCCUGGCGUCAAAGAUCACCGGGUCAGAAAGGAGUUACAACUUCCUCUCCGAGAUCAACAGGGGUCGCUUCAGCGUCGUAACCUUAUGUCGGGAUGCCGAGACCAGCCAAGUGUUUGCCGCCAAGAUCACUCCGUACCGGGCGGAGCAGAGACCGCUGGUGCUGAGAGAGUACCAGCUGCUGAGGAGGCUUCACCACACACACCUGGUGCAGCUGCACACUGCCUACAUCACCCCCGGCUACCUGGUGCUGGUGGAGGAGCUGUGUCCCGGCAAGGAGCUGCUCUAUAGUCUCGCUGCCAGAGAUCUGUACUCCGAGUCUAGCGUGGCCGAGCUGCUGGCUCAGAUCCUGAGCGCCGUGGACUACCUUCACGGCAGACGCGUGGUCCACUUGGACCUGAAGUCGGACAACAUGCUGGUGGACGACGGCAACCACGUGAAGAUUGUGGACUUGGGCUCGGCCCAGUGCUUCGUGCCCGGUCAGCCUCUGCACAUCGAGCACCUGCAGGGCCUGUCGGAGAGCAAAGAGCGCCGCAGCAAAGUUUAUAUUGUCCUUCCUAAAGCUCCGGAAAUCCUGGAGGGCCAAGGUGUCGGGCCCGAGACUGAUGUUUGGGCCAUCGGAGUUCUCUUGUUCAUUAUGCUGAGUGCCGACAGUCCCUUCCAUGCAGAACAUGGCUGGGAACAGGACAAGAACAUCAGGAAAGGAAAGAUCCAGUUUGGACGUUGUUACCCUGGUUUGUCCGAAGGAGCCUUGAACUUGAUGAAGACCAGCCUGAACAACAAAUCCUGGGGGCGACCCACGGCAGCCGAGUGUCUCCAGAGCGCGUGGCUGCGGGCCCAGCGGACACGCCCCUCCAAGGUGUGCUUCUCCACGGACAAGCUGAAGGCCUACCUGACGCAGAAGGAGGAGAAGCGAGAGCAGGUGCGCAGCAAGCUCCAGAGUCCCAUCUUCCAGCAGUAAAGUCUGGAAGCAUCUUCUCCUGACGCGUCUUAAAAAAAGCUACGUGAUGAUUUAUUUAUUUAUUACGGGCCAGUAAGUGUCAGGGAUGAUCCUAGCAGUCUGGUGGGAUAAAAAAAACACCACGUGUGACAAUUUGCAUUGCUGGAAAAUUAUUUUAGCUUUCCCAAACACGUGUCAAAAAUAAUUUAUUGUGCCCAACGGCUUGUUUUUGAUGAGUUUGAUGAAAUAAAUGCC